GCAGAAAUCUGAGAGUCCCUGACAGGCAAAGCAUGCUUCCCAGGAAGCAAAGGGGCUGAGCCCAAAUCCUGUGCAGAAACCUGGCAAUUCAAGCCUUUCUCUUCGCCUUUCCUCCUCCAUCGUGAGCCUUACACCUAACUCGGCUUCUUGCUAUGUCUUCUUACAAGACUUUCCGAAUCAAGCGAUUCCUGGCCAAGAAACAAAAGCAGAAUCGUCCUAUUUCUCAAUGGAUUCGGAUGAAAACUGGUAACAAAGUCAGGUACAACUCCAAGAGAAGACGCUGGAGGAGAACAAAGCUGGGUCUGUAAGGAUUCGCACAAUGGCAAGACUGAAGGUUUACACAGAGUUAUGAUCAUCAUCAACUGGGUCCUGUGAUCGUCAGUCAAUCCUACCAGAUGGAAUUUUGGUCUUGUCUAAACUGGGGAUAGAGUUUGUCCCACAAUAAAAUGUAGAACGUUUAAAAAAAAUUUUUUUUUCUUUAAAAUUUUCCCAAGUGAGAUGAUUUAAGCAGCAGAAUCCAUCCUUUUCUCUUUUGUCUUCCCCCUAUCCAAGAAACACAAACUCAACAAGAACUUGGUGUUAGCCCUGGAGUCUAGUUGCUCACCUGGAUGUCUUUAAGACUUGUCUGUGACACUUGGCCAGGGACAUGGAGUUGGCCUUUCAACAGAGGGAUCUCUGCAUGGCCAGGCUUGCUAGAUUUAGCAAGCAGA